UAUUUUCAGUGAGCUGAUUUUCAUUUUUCUACGAUUUCCGGUUUCCUUGAUUUCUAUUCAACACUCUUUCACUGUAAUACCAGAUUUAUUGGAUCAUCAUCCCCAUCCAAACCCUUCUCAAUUUAUUUUUUGGGGUAAUUUAUUUAUUGGAUCAUCAUCAAUCCCCCCUUGUUUUUCUCUUGCCACUGGUUUCAGGGAAAGAGCUGUGUUCGCGAAUGAGUGGUGUGGAUUUGUAUUUGCGGAUAGAAUUGGUGUUUGUGUUUGUAUAAGAAGCUAAAUACUGCUGCUACAUCGCAAUGGGUGCUGCUUGUUGUGUUGCUGCCAAAGAUAAAACUGUACAAAGUGGAUCAACCAGUGAGGUAUUGCAUAGGAAUACUCGUUGUUCUCCGACAUGGAGCUUUAGGUGGGAUCAUCGUGGAGGGCGUGUAGCCGGUGAAGAUACAUCUAUAAAUUGGUUUUCUGAUGGAAUCAGCAGAAAUGAUGGAUCAGAGAAUAAAAAUGAAUCGGCGUAUGUCUCCGAGGAUGGAAGUCCAUUGCAGAAUUAUCAACGGAACAGAUGCCUAAAAUCCCCUAUUUCUGAAGGAACUAAUGUACAUGUGAGAAAUUCACCUACAGACCAAUCUAUUUCAAGGACUGUCUCUAUGGAUAUGAACGUGGAACAGGGGAAUGAGUUGACUGAAUCAUCAAUAGUAUCUUGUCCAUCUCCCACAAAACCAUCAUUGCCUUCAACUUCAUUGUCAGCAUCUCCUUUAUCAUCCCAAUGUCACAUGCUUCCAUCCAGCUUGACUCCAUCAAGGUGGCCCUACCGUUCCCCUGGACACCAGCUGUUACGGCAAGCUUCUGAUAGCCGAAUCCCAGCAUAUAAGUCACCCAGCAGGUUCUCUCUGUCUGAAGAAAGGCCCAUGUUUCCUACUUGGAGUAAUGAAUCAGGUAUGCGCUCCCAUGGGGGAUCUUCAGAUGGUUGGUCUAUACCGGGCUUUCCUGAGAUGACGGGAACUCCCCAUAGAGACAGAUGGUCAUUUGACAGCGAGUCCUUUAGUUUUAAUCGCGAAAGGUUAGCUAGAUCCCGUAGUUGGCUUUCAGCUUUUUCUCCAGUUGAUUUGCAAACAUGUGGUGUUUGCUCAAAGCUUUUGACAGAGAUGUCUUGGAGAAGUAAUAAUCUUUCUGUAGUUGCUGUUCUUAUCUGUGGACAUGUAUAUCAUGCUGAGUGUUUGGAGAGUAUGACACAUGACAUCAAUAAGUAUGAUCCAGCUUGCCCAGUGUGCACUUUUGGUGAGAAACAAGCUAUGAAGUUGGCUGAAAAAGCUUUGAAAGCUGAAAUGGAUGUGAAGGCUAGAAACAAGAAAUCAAAGAAUCGGGUUGUGGACAGUGAUAUUGAUGAUGAUUCUGUUGUGUCCGAUCACCUCAAAGGGAGAGGGCUUAAAGGUAAAGGACCUAGGGCUGACUCCAGUUCCAGUGGGAAAAGCUCCUUUGGGAAACCUUUUUUGAGGCGACACUUUACGUUCGGCUCAAAGGGUUCCAGAUCCAUGUUAGAUAAUCACCCCACAAGAAAGAAGGGUUUCUUUUGGGCAAAAUCUAGCAAACAAUAAGCUGCUUCUUGGGAGGUUCCACUGUGGAUCUUCUCUGCAUGCUCAAAAGGAUUGUGGAAAGGGCAUUAUGUACUAAUUCAUGACUUCAGAGCAUCUGUAUACACUAAUCUGUGACACCAACAAGAUUAGGAGCUGAAAUUACUCUGUAAAGAAGAAAACAUACCAGUAUAAGAUGAUAUAGAGACAUAAACAGUGUUUUGAGACAAAUGUCUUUUUGUAUUGUACAGGUCGAUUUGUUUAUUGCAUGGAUGGUUGGGUAUAAUCAUUAUAUCCAAAUGAUGCCUUGUUGUCCACGAUAUGUAAUGCAGGCAUUAGCCCUUGGGAGUUUAUGGUGUUGGGCUGUGGUCUUUAUAGGAUGAUAAGCGAUUCCAUUUAUUUUGAUUGAUUUUAUUUGUUUGCUUUUAAUGAAAGAAACAGUUUCAGAACAGCCAA